GCGGGCGCGGGCACGGGCGUGGACAGAAAGCCCGGCGAAGGUUCACUGUGUGCUUGCUGUCUCUGCGGCUCCUGACCACCUUCUUAGAGCCAACCAUCCCAGCUGGGCGAGUCCCGCUGGGCUCUCGGUGUGCAGAACAGAGCCGCUAGGGUCGAGUUCUCCGUGCAGUGUGCUGCCGCUUCUCUGGUUGGAAGGUCUGGCUCUGGGGCUCUUUGGACCCUCCUGACGCCCUCGCCUGCGUCAGGGAGGGGGCCAGUGGGACCCGAGCAUGGCUUCGUCAGGCAGCGGCAUGGAAGAGGUGCGCGUGUCAGUGCUGACCCCGCUCAAGCUGGUCGGGCUUGUGUGCAUCUUCUUGGCGCUGUGUCUAGACCUGGGAGCCGUGCUGAGUCCGGCCUGGGUCACCGCGGACCACCAGUACUACUUGUCCCUGUGGGAGUCCUGCCGGAAGCCCGCCAACCUGGACAUCUGGCAUUGCGAGUCUACGCUUGGCAGCGAUUGGCAGAUUGCUACUCUGGCUUUACUCCUGGGUGGUGCUGCUAUCAUUCUCAUUGCAUUCCUGGUGGGUUUGAUUUCCAUCUGUGUGGGAUCUCGAAGGCGCUUCUACAGACCUGUUGCUGUCAUGCUUUUUGCAGCAGUUGUUUUGCAGGUCUGCAGCCUGGUGCUUUACCCAAUCAAGUUUAUUGAAACAGUGAGCUUGAAAAUUUACCACGAGUUCAAUUGGGGUUAUGGCCUGGCCUGGGGUGCAACUAUAUUUUCAUUUGGGGGUGCCAUUCUUUAUUGCCUGAAUCCUAAGAACUAUGAAGACUACUACUAAAACAAAGUGUGAAAACACACACAUACAGGGGAAAUCAACCAUCAAGAAAAGUUUUAUGUUGGCAUCUUUUCAAAUACUAUUUUCUAAAACACUUGUGGCACAUCAAACAGUUUGCUCAGUUGAUUUUAUAUCCUUCACCUUUGGGCUGUCAACACCAUAAUCAGCUUUUAUAUCUCUUUUAGGGACCUGUACACGCUAAGAGUGCUGAUUAGAUGUAGGCACACACUGCAAACUUCAAUAUACUCAUGCUAUUUUUCUUGACAAGUGAAUGGUCUGUAUGACAGCAACCAUUUUGAGAAGCCUUUUGGAAUGAGAAUUACCAUAGUCUUUUAUUGCCUGCAGGAGAGCAGCUGCCAUAAACAACACUUAAAAGUUCCUUUGCUCUGACAAAAAUUCUACUGUUGGAGCUCUUAUCACUUGUUUAUGUCAUACAGUGACUACAUUUGUUAUUUGUUACUUGCUUAAGUGAGCUUUUGAAAAGCAAAACAGCUCUUUAGACAUCUAAUGAGAAUCAUAGAUAUAACUGAUUAAUUCUACCCUUAAGAAUAUUCUUUUAAUAGAAAGUCAUAGUUUGCUAAUAUCUCCUAAGAAGGAAGUUCAGGUUUGGAGAUGUGUUUUCUAUUAUGCAGUUAGACUAGUAUGCGACAGUCUCCUGUGGAAUGGGGACAAAUUGAGGCUGUCUGCUUUCUCCUGGGGCAAUCAGAAAGAAAUGUGCAUGAAUUGCUUUUGUACCUGUUUAAAUCCUUUACCAAAUUUUGCAGAAAACAAUUGUGCAUAUGUUACAAGCUUAUUUUUAUAGAUCAUGGGCCAUUAGUAUAACUGGUAAUAAGUUGUUCAUUAAUCCUCCACAUACAUGUACUUAUCAUGCAUAUAAUCAAUACUUGCUGUAGUGAAGGAAUUUGAGUACUAACCUUGUAUGCAUUAGGAGACUUAGAUUGUUAUUCACAGUUAGUUACCAUACAAAAUUUCAUAUACCUUAAAGCUUUUGUUCUUUCUUCUCUACUAGAUCACUGAAAGUGUUAAUAGAAUUGCCUAAGAAGAAUAAUUGAAAUGCUGUUGAUCUGAAAUUUAGUGACUCUUUUAUAAGCAUCAUAGUUCAAAAGAGAGUAGGAAUUAGGAUGAUCACUUUGUGUAAAAUCCAUUAAAAUACAAUGCUGCUAUUUUUGCAAGUAUUUUAAAUGUCUUCAUUGUAAAAGGAAUUGUGAUAGAUUUUUAUAAAUGUCUAAAUGUCUCAGUAGAUGAGUAGAACUUAUUCAGUUGUCAUCUGGUCCUCUGAAGUUAACUGAUGGGCUGAUUUGUGCACACAGGUAUAAUAAAUUUAUGUUAGGGAAAUCAUUCACUGACUGUUCCAAGAGAAAGAAAAAAAUCAACAAUAAGGAAUAAGUGUGCAAUGAAUAUCCUAGUGCAAACUUGUGUUAAUUCUGUUUAUUAUAAAAAUCUUGAUAGUUUAUGUAUAAUCCUAUUUUUAUAUAAAAUAUACAAUUCUAAUAUGAAAGUUAAAAAUGAUUAUUUUUGUUAACAAAGACACUAAAAUAAGAUUGUUCUCAUUUGACCCUCAUGAAAAUAGAAAAAUUGGGUAAAAAAAAUAAAAACUUUAAAAUGCAUCUAUUUGCUAAAAUAUUAUACAAUCCAUUAGAAUCUGGACUGUGUCAAAUAAUAUUUAAUACUUUACCUUCCAAAGCAGACUUCUGCCUUCAGCUUAUCUUAAAACUCUUUGCCAAGAAAAACUGCCUUUCCCUACCCCUAAAGUAUUAUAUUCAAAUGCCAAAAACAAUUGUGAGUUUUCUAUGGAAUCAAAGUAAAUAUGAAUACCUUAGUCAUUUUUAUUUUAGUAGUGAUAAAAAAUUAUUACAUGCAUUUUAGCUAUCAAGCUUUAUAAAAAUAUGUGAUUCUAUGAAGAAUCACAAGGAAUUAAAUGGAGGAUUUCCAGAAGGGUAUUAGUAUUAUAGAAUAUUUUGAAGCAGAUUUCUUAAAAUCAUAAAAUCCGGGGCAGACUCUCUUAUAAAGUUCAUUGCAUAUUGUCAGAACAGUGUAAGGAAUGUGAUAUUUAGAUAGGGGUUUCAGCUACUGACCAUGGCCUGUUCUGAGAUUAUCUCUUUAUUCUUGAAUAAUGGAAGAUCAGUACUGUGGUGCUGGCAUCAGUGAGGUUUGCUGGAAGAUACACUGUGCAAUUAGACAAAUAUAUCAAGAGAAUUAUGGAAAUUUCAUUCUCUGUCCACUUGACAAGCCAAAAAGUGAUAGACUAUGAUACAGGUUGAAGCACACUUAUUUGUCGUCUACUAAAAUGUAGAUUGCUUCUGUGAUUUUUCUCCCUUCCUAGUUAAGGAGCCCUACCUUAUAUUUUUACUAUCACUAAUAUUAGGAACUUUUUCUUUACUAACCAAGUUUAGUACAGCAGGAAAAUUGUUAUUUCUCGUCUAAAGUAGUAUUAUGUCUAUCAAAAUAAACACAAGUGACAAAUACAGCUACAAUAGCAUCAUGUCUUAAUAGCUUAGGUUUGUUUGAUGUUCUCUAAGCAGAGUUGUUAAUCAUGAACCCAUGGUUUAUCUUAAAGAGAUAAUAGUCACACACACAGAGAUCAUAACAGUACUCAGCAGGGCUAGCUAUUCUGAUUUCUUGCACAAGUAUUUAGCUUUUUGUAAGGUCAACAUGUAAAUUUUGAAGACAAAUAUAGAGAGACUUAAGUGUUUGAAAUAUAAAUGAUAUAUAUCGAUUAGCAUGUACCUGUAUAUUAUUAAACAUGCGGUGAACCUCAUAAGUGAUUGUCUAAUUGUAUGGCUAGCAAUGUAAUUUAUUCAGACUGUAUUUUUGUAUAGAGCAGCGCACACUAACCUAUGCCUCUGUGUCCUCCUUAAUGCCUAAAACUGUGCCUAGAAAUUUCAUCUUUCUUAAAGAAAAUAAAAUAUAUUCAGUGCUGUUUUGUGCUA